AGUCUGAGCCGCCUCAGUCGGCAUGGCCGCCGCUCGGGUGACUGUGUUCCCCUCGGCCCGGGAGCUGGGCCCGGCGCUCAGCCGCUUCGUGUUGGCCGAGGCCGCCCGGGCGGUGGGUGAGCGCGGCCGCUUCGCCGUGGCGGUGUCCGGGGGCAGCCUGGUGUCGCUGCUGGCGGCCGAGCUGCCCGAGGCCGGCGCCCGGGAACCCGAGCAUCCCGGGGCCGAGUGGAGCCGCUGGGUCCUCGGCUUCUGUGACGAGAGGCUGGUCCCGUUCGAGAGCCCGGACAGUACCUGCGGCCUGUACCGGAAACAACUGCUCUCCAAAAUCUCCAUUCCUAAUAACUACGUGGUUGCGAUUAACCCCACGUUGUCUGUGGAGGAAGCGGCAGACAAGUACGCUGAAAGAUUGAGAGAGCUGUUUCCGGGUGAUAACAUGCCAGUGUUUGACCUGGUAAUCCUGGGGAUUGGGCCUGAUGGACACACUUGCUCUCUCUUCCCAGAUCACCCCCUUCUGCAGGAACAAAUCAGGAUCAUUGCUCCAAUCAGUGACUCACCGAAACCACCACCAAAACGUAUAACCAUGACCCUGCCGUUGCUGAACGCAGCACGUUGUGCUCUGUUUGUGGUAACCGGUGACAGUAAGGCUGCUGUGUUAAAGGAUAUUCUGGAAGGUCACUGUGAGAACCCACUCCCUGCCGCUCGUGUCAGACCAGUGAAAGGUGAAGUGCACUGGCUCAUUGAUGAAGCUGCUGCAAGCAAGCUGACGAUUAAGGUGGACCGGCCAUCGCUGUAGACACCAGCAAAAUACUGUGGAUGUAGAUAACUUGGAACUUAAAAAAACCAGCAAAGUGCUGGGAAUGCUGAGCUGUUUGGGCUGUAUCUGUGGAGGGAGACCAGAAGGGUUUCCUAUGAGGACCUUCCAUCUUAUCUGCUCCCUGGGUGAUUACAAAACUGCUUUGACAAGAGGUCCCUGAUCUGAAAUAUUAAUUCCCAUCUCCCCCUCCACAGGUGCUGCUCGAACUGUUGAGGAUUUAUCACCUGAGAAGGUGUGAAGGCACCUGAGCUGCUCAGGCCUAUACUUUAGGUUUAAUGAUCCCAGAUUCCAAGCUGUUUUUUAAAAAAAAAACCAAAAAGUCCUUUCAGGGUUGAAAAUGUCACUUUGUUAACUUGUAAUUCUCCUUCCACGUUCCCCAGAGACCCUUUCAGAACAUUCCAGAAACCAUUCUCUCCCCCCCAGAAACAGGAACCAGAGCUCAGUGAAACCAUUGGAGUCUUUAGAUGGCAUACCUUGGGGAUAUUGAUGAGUAAAUAUGACCCUGAUUCUGCUAAUUACUGAAUGAAGACCUUGGGGGAAAUGUAUUUACUGUAAAUAAACAUUGAAAAUUUCUGUUAACUUUCAGUGGCGUGUUUCCCCCUAACAUAGGUUUUAAGUUAUUUCCUUUCUGUCGGUGAUUUUCUUUUUACAUUCCUGACGUAAAAGUUCGGCGUGACUCCCGUCAGCUGAAGGGCCUUGUCCAUAGUGUGUCAGUCGCAGGGUUUUGGCCAUACCAGCACAACUGGGGGGUGGGGCAGGGUGGGGGGUCAUAUCGCUGCAGUCCCUGUCUGAACACUCCACGGUUUUGAUGAGGGUCAGUGUGUGCUUGAGUCAGCUGAACCACUAUGACAGACCGAUAAGUUGUUCCGUAACGGACCGAACCCCAGUAGGAAUCCUUGUGUUCAUUUCCAAACCUCACCUACAAAAUGAUUUGCCCGCAGGAUAUUUGUAAGAGAACACGGAUCCUUUUGAAGGGUCUGUACAUGUCUGGUCUGAGCUGCGUAUUUAUUUGGUGGUGAUUUUCCCCACAUCUGAUCUUCCCUCUGGGUUCCAGGCUCUGAGUUAGCUCACCAGACGGGCACCCAGUUUAUAACUGGUGCUGAAUUCAGAGGAAUGGUUGACGAGGGUGCUGUGUUGAUGUUUUGACCUGGAAGUAGAUAGCACCAGCAAUGGGAUCGGCGGGAAGGAAUGAGCUUGUUAGCUGGUUAUUAUAUAAGACACAAGUUCCCUUCGAGGUGGGGCGUCGGUUACAUCAGCUGGAAGGAAGCAGCUUGGGAAACGAUUACCAAUAAUGUGCUGUGCAAAACAAUAAAUCUUACUUGUACGUGA